CGCGACAGUCCGUCAGUGUUUAGAGUCCGUCAGCGAUGGCGGGGUACGCGACUUUAAUGCGGAGGUUCGUCGGUGAAUUUACCGGUCACGGCGGUGUAAAAGGCUUCCUGGUGCAGUUGUUCAGGGUUCAAGAAACCAAAACAGGAGCUUUGAUCGGUACUGACAAAUAUGGCAAUAAAUACUAUGAGGACAACAGAUUCUUCUUUGGCCGUCACCGAUGGGUGAUUUACACCACCGAGAUGAAUGGCAAGAAUACUUUUUGGGAUGUUGAUGGCAGCAUGGUCCCUGCUGAAUGGCACCGCUGGCUGCACUGUAUGACAGACGAUCCUCCCACCACUCACCCUCCAGAGCCCAAGAAGUUCCUGGCCAAGGUUCAUCAGAUCAAUCUAAGCGGGACACUUGACUGCUAUGUACCCUUUUCAACCACUCGCAAGAAGAUCCAUGAGUGGGUCCCUCCUAAGGUCAGCCAGAAAUAAACAAGUGUCCAGGUUGGCUGUUUGGAACAUUGUCUAAAUUGUAACUUUAUAAUCAUAAAUAAAAUAAAUAUCUUUG